AUGGGCGCUCACGACGAUUGCCCGCCUUUUGACAGAUUACUUCACGGAUCCACUUUGGAAGAGUUUCAGACAACCGAACAGCGAGUUCUUCUCGACACUAUCAGUCACGUGCGAAAAUGUGGUUUUGACAGUAUCCUGUCUCUGCCUCAGAUCGUCGUCUGUGGAGAUCAGUCUGCUGGGAAGAGCUCCGUGCUGGAAGCUCUGACUGAGAUUCCUUUCCCCAGAAACGACAACCUUUGCACCAGGUUCGCCACUGAAAUCAGUCUCCGCCGCGAGGCCGUCGACAAGAUCACUGUUAAGAUUGUUCCAGACAACAAGCGCCCUGAGCAUGAAAAAGAAAACAUAAAAGCCUUUUCCCAAUUUAUCAUUACCUUUGCUGAUUUGCCCAUUGUCAUUGAUGCAGCCAUGACGGUGAUGGGGAUUUCAGGAUCUGAUGACGCAUCGUCCACCAGCGCUUUUGCCAAAGAUACACUCAGUAUUGACAUUGAUGGCCCGGAUCGUCCUCAGCUAACCCUGGUUGAUAUCCCAGGUCUGAUUCAGACCUCUACCAAGGGUGUUUCAGACAAUGACGUUGAGAUAUUUGACUCCCUUGGCGAGCGAACACUUGGUGUGAUUACAAAGCCCGACAAACUCGAAGCCGGAUCUGGCUCCGAAAAGAAGUUUCUUGAGCUCGCCCGCAACGAGGACGUUUUCUUUCAGCUCGGUUGGCAUGUCAUCAAAAAUCGAAAGUUUGCCGAACGAAACUUCUUAUAUGAGGAGCGCAACGUGUCAGAGAUGAACUUUUUCCGCACCUCAAAUUUCAGAACCUUGUCACAAGAAACGUGUGGUGUUGACGCACUGCGCAUACGAUUCAGCCACCUACUCUACGAUCAUGUGAAAAACGAGCUUGCGCACCUAAUAGGAGAUUUCGAAGUGGCCCUAGAAUUAUCUGUAAAUGAACUUGAGCCUCUCGGGGAUUCACGAUCCACUGCUUUGGAUUGCCGCACAUACCUGACGCAGCUAAGCAUGGACUGCCAUGAAAUCUGCAAGGCAGCUUUGAACGGGCAUUAUGAGCACGAGUUUUUCAGAUCAGGCGGGGAAAAUGCGUUCAACCUGAAAAAUAAGAGCACCAUCGCUCGACUUCGUGCAGCCAUUCAGCACUGCAACAGCCAAUUCUCAGAAGGUAUCUGGACGAGAGGACAUAAAUACCAAAUUCCUGCAAUUUUGCACAUCGAAUCGGUCUCGGAAAUCACUGUGGAAGGUGAAACACCUGGACAAGCCAAGAUUGUCACCCCAGUACCAAAGAAGUUUUCUAGAAGCAAGGCAACAGAAUGGGUGAAACGACUUAUACAGCGCUCGCGAGGAACUGAGUUGUUUGGGAGCUUCAAUCCAAACGUGAUAGCUGAGCUUUUUUGGGAGCAAUUUCAGCCAUGGGCCAAGUUCGCCGAGUCCCACAUCGACCUGGUUAGCUACCUCUGCGAGCAGUUUUAUGAUAUCCUCCUCAAGAAGAGGGGAGCUAAGGAUGUUUCUUCUCGAAUAUGGUCUUUCCAAGUUAAAGACCGCCUUGAACAGCGUAAAUUGAAAGCUCGAGAGGAGCUGUGGAAGUUAAUAGAGGAUUUGAAAGGCUUUCAGAUCAACUACAACCACUACUAUACGGACAACCUCCACAAGACCCGUGAAGACAAGCUACGGAAGCAGCUUAAUGCUAUCAACCCUGCCCUACUUGAACACCGCUCCAGCAUGAACUGCAGCCGAGGCUCACAUUACGACAAGUUUGAUUUGGAACUAGUUGUUGGGACACUAUCCAAAGCCACCAGCGAGUCUAGCGUCGAUAUGGAGAAGGUUAGCUGCGAGGAGGCCCUGGAAUGUCUGCGCGCGAUUUACAAGGUCCAAUUGAAGGUUUUUGUUGCCAAUGUCACCAAUCAGGUGAUCGAGCGCCACAUGCUUCGCGGUUUUGAACACGUUUUCUCCCCCCUAGUCGUGGCAGCUAUGAACGACAUUGAAGUCAAGUCCGUUGCCCUGGAGAGUUCUGCAAUACAUCACCAGCGCAAGUUUUUAUUAGACCGUAUAUCCAAGCUUGAGGAGAGCCGUGGCAUCUUUCAAAAUGCAGUGGCGAUGUUAUAGAUUGUUUUA